CGUUCUUUUCUUUGAUUUGAUUAAUUGAUAUAUAGAAAUUAUGGCAGUGAAUGAAUGGAUCAAUGGUUACUUAGAAGCAAUUUUGGAUAGUAAAACGACCAAUGAAAACAAGGUUAAUAUACGCGAACAAGGCCAUUUUAAUCCGACUAAAUAUUUUGUUGAAGAAGUUGUUACCGGGGUCGACGAGACUGAUUUGCAUAGGACAUGGAUCAAGGUUGUUGCCACACGAAACACACGCAAACGAAGUUCUCGACUCGAAAACAUGUGUUGGCGUAUAUGGCAUCUCACUCGCAAAAAGAAACAGCUGGAGUGGGAAGAUUUCCAACGAAUAGCAAAGAGGAAAUUCGAAAGGGAACAAGGGCGCGUAGAUGUAAGGGAGGAUAUGUCAGAAGAUAUGUCGGAAUCUGAGAAAGGAGAUCUCAUUGGAGAUUUAGGCGAGAGCCCAAAGAAAACUUACCAACAUAAUGUGUCUGGUGUGGAAGAGAAAAAGUUUUACAUUAUCCUUGUGAGUUUACAUGGUUUGGUUCGUGGAGAAAACAUGGAGCUUGGUCGUGAUUCUGACACAGGUGGUCAGAUCAAGUAUGUUGUAGAGCUUGCUCGAGCACUCGCUAAGAUGCCAUGGGUGUACAGAGUUGAUCUAUUCACCCGCCAGGUGUUGUCACCUGAAGUGGAUUGGAGCUACGGAGAGCCUACUGAAAUGCUUACAGUUGGAUCCGAUGAUCCUGAUGAUGUUGGUGAGAGUAGUGGAGCUUAUAUUAUAAGAAUACCAUUUGGCCCACGUGACAAGUACCUUCGCAAAGAAUUACUUUGGCCUUAUGUUCAAGAAUUUGUAGAUGGGGCACUUGCACAUAUUCUUAAUAUGUCCACGGUAUUAGGUGAACAAAUCGGUGGAGGGCAUCCAAUUUGGCCAUAUGUAAUUCAUGGUCAUUAUGCGGAUGGUGGUGAUAGUGCAGCUAUUCUUUCGGGUGCACUUAAUGUUCCAAUGGUUUUAACUGGACAUUCACUUGGUAGAAACAAGCUUGAACAACUUCUUAAGCAAGGUAGGCAGUCAAAAGAAGAUAUUAAUUCAACUUAUAGGAUUAUGAGAAGGAUAGAAGCGGAAGAGCUAUCAUUAGAUGCAGCUGAACUCGUUAUUACAAGCACCCAACAGGAAAUUGAUGAACAAUGGGGACUUUAUGAUGGAUUUGAUGUUAAGCUUGAAAAAGUUUUACGAGCUCGUGGCAGACGGGGUGUUAAUUGUCAUGGUCGAUUUAUGCCUAGGAUGGCGGUUAUUCCUCCCGGAAUGGACUUCAGCAAGGUUAUCCAAGAAGCAAACGAGGCUGAUGGGGAUCUCCCGUUUACCAACACAGAAGGGUCUUCUCCAAAAGCGGUUCCGCCAAUAUGGUUAGAAAUUAUGCGGUUUUUGACAAAUCCACACAAACCAAUGAUAUUGGCAUUGUCAAGACCUGAUCCAAAGAAGAACAUUACUACUCUUUUGAAGGCUUUUGGAGAGUGUCGCCCUUUAAGAGAGCUUGCAAAUCUGACGCUUAUCAUGGGGAAUAGAGAUGAUAUAGAUGAAAUGUCAGCUGGAAACGCUAGUGUGCUCACAACGGUGCUGAAGCUGGUAGACAAAUAUGAUCUUUAUGGGCAAGUGGCAUUUCCUAAACAUCAUAAGCAAAACGAUGUUCCAGAAAUCUACCGUCUUGUUGCCAAAACUAAGGGUGUUUUUAUCAAUCCUGCUUUGGUUGAACCUUUUGGGCUUACAUUGAUUGAGGCUGCUGCUCAUGGACUUCCUAUGGUAGCAACUAAAAAUGGUGGCCCUGUCGAUAUUAAUAGAGCAUUGAACAACGGGCUGCUCAUAGAUCCCCAUGAUCAACAAGGAAUAGCUAAUGCUCUACUUAAACUUCUAUCGGAGAAGAAUUUGUGGCAUGAGUGCCAGAAAAACGGUUGGAGAAACAUACACCUCUUCUCGUGGCCUGAACACUGUCGUACAUAUCUGACAAGAGUGGCAUCAUGUCGAAUGAGACAUCCCGCAUGGAAAACAGACAUACCUUUAGAUGAAAUGCCUAGGGAAGAAUCCUUAAAUGACUCACUUCAAGAUGUGCAAGAUACAUCUUUGUUCCUCUCAAUUGAUGGAGAUAAAUCUUAUUCAAUCAACGACUCAUUAGAUGGUGGCGGGGAUAUUCAAGAUCAAGUCAAACGAGUGAUGAGCAAGAUGAAGAAACCUCACUCAUCUGAAAAAGUUGGUGAGAUGAACAAGAAAGUAACCUAUAAUAAUAACACCGAUAAUGUGUCUCAGUAUCCGAUGUUAAGGAAGAGAAGAAAGUUGAUUGUUUUAGCGGUUGAUUGCUAUGAUAACAACGGUGCACCUGAGCAAACAAUGAUUAAUAUUAUACAAGAGAUGCUAAAGGCGAUCAAAUUAGACUCACAACUUGCAAAAGCAAGUGUUGUUGCCAUAUCCACAGCCAUGCCAUUCUCAGAGUUAAUGGAGUUCUUGAAAUUAGGGAAUGUUAAAGUUAACGAGUUUGAUGCUAUAGUUUGUAGUAGCGGAAGUGAAGUCUAUUAUCCCGGAACUUGUGAAGAAAAUGGUGAACUUCAACCGGAUCCUGAUUAUGCCUCACAUAUAGAGUAUCGGUGGGGUUCUGAUGGUGUUAAGAAAACCAUUUGGAAGUUGAUGAAUGCACCCGAAGAUGAAGAAGGAAAAUCAAGCAAAACUUUAAAAGUGAUUGAAGAAGAUGUAAAAUCGAGCAACUCUCAUUGUUUGUCAUACAUGAUAAAAGAUGUUGAAAAGGCAAAGAAAGUGGAUAAUUUGAGACAAAAAUUUAGAAUGAGAGGUUUAAGGUGUCAUCUCAUGUAUUGUAGAAACUCAACAAGAAUGCAAAUUAUUCCUCUCCUCGCCUCUCGAGCCCAAGCCCUAAGGUUUUUUUUCGUGCGUUGGAGAUUAAAUGUUGCAAACAUGUAUUUAGUUCUUGGUGAAACCGGUGACACAGAUUAUGAAGAACUCAUAUCAGGCACCCACAAGACACUUAUUCUUAAAGGAGUUGUGGAAAAGGGUUCCGAAGAGUUGCUCAGAACCAGUGGUAGCUACUUAAAAGGGGACAUAGUUCCUGAAGAGAGCCCGCUCAUUUCCUAUGUUAAUACAACUAACUCCGAAGAAAUUGCAAGCGCCUUAACGAAGCUUUCUAAAUGUGAUGCAUGAAUAUUUGAUGUUAAGUAUACUUAUAUUUAACUAUUUUUGAAAGAUA